AUGGAGGGGAACACGCACCUCCUGCAGGUCAUCCGCAAGAUGCGCUCCCAAAUCAAUAGGCUGGAGAGGGAAAACAGGGCGCUGAAGGGAGAGCUGCAGGGCUGCAGGCAGAGAGCUGUGCCGGCGGAGAGAGGGGCGGCAGGAGCAGAUGGGAACGACGUGAGGAGCCUCGCCAUUGAUGGGGAAGGACCGGCUGCAUCUCCAGCAUCCCUGCAGGGAAGCGCCACGGCCGCUCCAGCGCCGAGCGAGCAGACAGAUACUGCCAUGACUGUGAGACGCUACCCCACUGUCUCCCUAGCUCCUGCUCCUUCCAGCACAAGGUCCUACUGGGCUGGCAGGAAGCCUCCAAGCCAUGGGCUCCUGGAGGUGCCAGACAGUGCCCAGCCACCAGCCCCUCCUGCUGCAGCACAGCUCAGCAGGGAAGAGGAGAAAGGGCUUGAACCAUCACCAGCCAGUUGUCUCUCCUACAGCCACUCCAGCAACAUGAAGCUGUUUCAGGAGCACAUCUGCAAGUGCAGGGGUAAAGUAAAGGCUGUGAGUUUCCUCUUACCAAUGGAUAUGUCAGCAUUUGCUGAAAAGCAAGGUUCUCUCAAAAGUCCACAAAAUCAGAGCACAAAACAUCUAAUGACCAUCACUGAAAAGGAUAUGUGAGCUGGUGAAUUUUUAAAGGCCCGUUGAUCCCUGAGAGAAAUUGGCCUUAAAUGAUAGCUGUGUGUCAGGUUCCUCUCCUGCAAAACGCUUUGGAAGGAUGCCCACAGAGCAUCACUCAGCCGUGUUUCGGGUCACUGGCCCAAUGUUCAGCACGGCAAUGGAAGCCACAACAAAGCCAGCUGGAAGCCCAGACACUGAUGAAACCACAGAAAGCAAAGGUACCUCCACAAAGUGCUUCUGUGCAACGUGUCUCAAGGACCCCUUGCCUUAGGACUGAUGUGAACAGGGUGUUGAAGCUGGGUUUGGUGUGUUUGUCACAAAAAAGCAGAAACUGUGCCACUGCUUGU